AGCCAGUCUCAAUCCACUCCAGCCUGAAAGCGCCGAGCUCUCUCACUGCAUUACCCCGUCCAUCAAUAUCUAUUCGCCUUUAACCUUGCUGUCGCCUUGGUUUUGAGAGAGCUCUCAGCAAGCGUCCAUAGAAUCCAGCCACAUAGGCUCAUCUCCCGCCACCUAGUUCCUCGUCGCCUCCGUAUGGAAAGCGCUGUGUUCUCUGCGUCACAUCGAAACAGUCAUGGCUUCUGUCUCACUUAACCCAGACACCCCCCAGCAAGGGUUUGGUGGCGAGCCCACUGGACAGGGCAAGACUUCCCUGGCAAGCCUGAACCUAGAUUUCCUGAGGUCCGUGAGCGAGAGACGGACAACAAAAGACGGACAACCACAGAAGCGAAGGGGCCCCAAACCAGAUAGCAAGCCAGCCCUCACAAGGAGGCAGGAGCUCAACCGACAGGCUCAAAGAACCCAUCGUGAGCGCAAGGAGCUCUACAUCAGAGCCCUCGAGGACGAGGUGCUCCGGCUCAAAGAAAUAUUCAGUAACAUCUCGCAAGACAAGGAACGUCUUGCGGAGGAGAACCGGCAGCUCAAGGCACUGCUUGCUCAGCAUGGCCUGGGUGUCUCGUUACCAGGCGGCGGCGUGCUGGACGACUCAGCGAGCAACCCGAGCAUAGGCUAUUCGCCCAGUGCCAGCAUGGCGGGGAGUUAUGCCCCGACAUCCAGCAACACGACAGCCUUCACGCCCCCGCCGCUGUACUCAGAAAGUAGUGGCGCCCGUGGCGACGGCAUGUCACCUAACAGCGCCGCUUACCCGCACAGCAACCACCAACACCAAUUGUUUGGGCAGGGAGGUGUCGUCGCAGAAAACGGCGACGAGGCCCAGCCAACCGGGAACUCGAAUAUAGACUAUGAGCAGGCCGGCAUCGACUUCGUGUUGACGCUCGAGAGGCCCUGCAUGAACCACCUCCCCUGGAUGCUCGAGCGCGGCGCUGCAACAGGCGUCCGCGAGCCCUGCGGCCACGCUCUCAUGGCAUCAUGCCCCCCGGAGCCCUUUUCUCAGCUCUCUCCCAACGUUCCAUUCAGCAACCCUAACGAUACCCAUGUUCACAACGGUAAUGGCAUCGCUGAGGCAGAAGAAGUAGUCACCAGCCAAGCGACAACAGCAGUAACAGCAACAGACGCAGACAGAAGAGGAGGGGAAGGCCCAGGCACAUGGACCCUCAACAAAGGCGACUUAACCACCCUGUUGGACCUCAGCAAGCGGCUGAACCUCGACGGCGAGAUCACGCCCGUCAUGGCUUGGGGCAUGGUGCUCGCCCACCCGCGGCUGGCCGAGCUGUCGCCCGAGGACUUCGGAAGACUGGCCGAGGAGCUAAGGAGCAAGGUUCGGUGUUACGGCUUCGGGGCGGUCAUGGAACAGUUUGAGGUGAGGGACGCGUUGGAAAAUGUGUUCUCGAUGAAGGCAGAUUUCAGUAUCGGGGUUUAUUAAACCGACGGGUCUGAUACGUGCUUUUUGAAGGUGGUUUGAUGGGUGUUAACUUUGUGUCCGUUGAUUUUGCCUUGGCUCCAACCAUGCGUUGGCGGUAGGGGCCCAAAAAAUUUCUUAUCUCUUUUGUACAGGAGGAAGUAUUUUACAUUUGCGACACAAAUUGAACCUUAUC